UAGGAAUUAAGAUGGUGCAGAUGAUUGCAAGGUGUGCAACAAGGAAUAUACAGAGCUUAUAGAAUCCUUGGUGUGCAACGAGAGAGUGACGGCCAGGUGCAGUAGAUAGCUGUGCUUCUACGGACAUAACGGCCAAGCAAAUUCAGGCAGUGGCAGUAGUUAGCAGCAGCAAAGACACACAGACGGAGGACAGGGAUGAGGACUCGGUGUACACUCCCGACAGGACCGCGCUCUGGCCACUCGGGAGGGUCAGCUCGAUCCUCGAGAUCAAGAUCAAGUGUGUUUGGUGGUACAGGCGGGCGGUACACCAGCAUGCAGAUCUGUGGUUUCUUUCUCUAUUCAGUGUUGUUUUGGUGACUUAAUCGGUUUCCAUUUUAUGUGAACUUCGAAGGGAAGUACCUGAGGAGUUGAAACGAAAAAGAAGUGACCGAAGCAGCAAUCCAGCGUCGUGAUGUACGGCCCGCAGACCCUCACUUGUAAAAACCUGCAGGAAUACCUCAAGUCGCUGAGCAAGGACACUCUGGACCGGCUGUACAACCACCCAGCCACCUGCCUGGCUGUCUUCAGGGAGCUUCCAGCGCUGAGUCGACAGUUCAUCUUGCGGCUACUGUUUGUCAACAAGCCAGUUGGUCAGGUCUUGCUGGCAUCGUGGAUCCCUCAGCAUGACCCUGGCAGGGAUGUGGGAGACAUUGCAGCCGAGCACCGACAGGGAACACAAGUCCUGUUGGACAUGUGUAUCUGGCAGGAGGUAAAGGACCAACAAGGCAACAUGGCCAUCAGACUGAGCUCUACUUUCCGAGAGAACCUCAAGGUGGCCAUGUUAGGAGGAGGGACGCCAUGGACCAUGUCAGCCACACUUGAUUCAGAUCCCCACCAAAGGAAUGUGGAGUUUCUGGACAAGUAUGCCAUGGAUCGCUGGGAGAGUGUGUUACAGUUUUUGGUCCAGCCAGGACGGGGACAAAAGGCAAUCUCACGUGAUGCUAUGAGGACACUGCUUCAUGCUGGGCUUAUAGAAAGCAGUGGAGAGUCAGACAACAUGCAGAUUACAAGUGCAGGCUUCCAGUUCCUGCUGUUGGACACUGCAUCACAAGUGUGGUUUUUCAUCCUCAAAUACCUGGAAACUGUGACUGAACGAGGCAUGAGUUUAGUUGCCUGCCUCACCUUUCUGUUCAAGCUCUCCUUUUCAACCCUUGGCAAGGAUUACAGCAUGGAAGGAAUGGACAAUGAGCUCCUCACCUUUCUGCAACACCUCCGGGAGUUUGGUCUGGUGUACCUGCGAAAAAGAAGCUCUGGAAGGUUUUAUCCAACAAGACUUGCCCUUAAUAUCACUGCUGGCCAGAACAAGGGUAUCAUAGAUGUUCCAAAGCAAGGCAAUCUUGUAAUUGAGACCAACUACCGUGUCUAUGCAUAUACCACAUCAGAGUUGCAGAUUUCUCUUCUUGCCAUCUUCUGUGACAUCGAGGGAAGGUUUCCAAACAUGGUGGUGGCAAGUAUCUCGCGCAGCAGUGUACGGAGAGCCCUCUUAAAAGGCAUAGGGGCUGAACAGAUCAUCAGUUUCUUGAAGCAACAUUGUCAUCCUCAGAUGUAUAAGUUAAGCAGUGUUGUUCCUCGCACCGUAGCAGACCAGAUCAAGUUGUGGGAGAUGGAGAGAGAGCGCUUGGAGUUCACUGAAGGAGUUCUUUACAAAGACUUCAUGUCACUACAUGACUUUAAUUUGUUAUCAAAUUAUGCUUCAAGCAAUGGCGUUCUUAUUUAUUCUGAUGAAAGACAGAGAACAAUGGUUGUGACGAAGAAGGGACAUCCAAGCAUCAAGACAUUUUGGAAAGAAGAGCAAGCUAAAUAAAUGUGAAAUAAGCUCUAUGUACAAAUCAGUUUAUAAGAUUAUAGGUAGAAUUUAUUUUUAUCAAACGAUGAAGUGUAUGUGAUGGGAUGUGUGCAUUAUAUAUGUACAAGAAGACCCAGGAGAGUUUUUGUGGGAACAAUAAGUGGUGUAGAAAGGGAAAAUAAUGACUUUUUACAACAAAUGAAAUUAAUAUUAAGAAUUUAAAAGGAUGUUUCCAAUAGAAAAUAAAGAAAAUGAAUACAAA